CCGGGCAGUGGUGGCUGAGGAUAAAGAUAAUUUAACAAAUGUCAGGGGAAAAACAAAAGAGGAUCGAGAUAUCAAUUCUUGGUUAUAGCCGACUUGAAGUACUGAGCUCUCAUUUAUCGCCCGCAGUUGUCAUGGCUUCAGAGAAAGAGGCAGCUCUGGCUGCUGUUCCCUCUGAUUCUCCCACCAUAUUUGACAAAAUAAUUAACAAAGAAAUCCCUUCUAAAGUGGUUUAUGAGGAUGACAAGGUCUUAGCUUUUAGGGACAUAUCUCCCCAAGCUCCUACUCACAUUCUAAUUAUUCCCAAAGUGAAGGAUGGCUUGACUGGACUAUCUAAGGCUGAGGAAAGGCACUGUGAUAUUCUUGGCCGUCUUCUCUACACUGCUAAGCUGGUUGCCAAACAGGAAGGUCUGGAAGAUGGCUUCAGAAUUGUGAUUAAUGAUGGGCCAAAGGGAUGUCAAUCUGUAUACCACAUUCACCUCCAUCUCUUAGGGGGGCGUCAGAUGAACUGGCCAGCUGGCUAAAAUGGAAUUGUUUACUUUCAGGUGGUGGAUAAACUCCCCAAUGUUGUUAUUUUUAUGACGAUUCUACUUAAAUGGUAUCCAUCAAAAUCUGAUAAUAGAAAACUAUUUGGUGGAUGCUAUAUGUCAUGCAACUUAAGAUAACUCGAAUGGUAUUGUAGUGGAUCAACAACCAGAUCAGGGUUUGAACAGUGGUCACCCUGUCAAGCAUCUUAAUAAAUGUACUGGUUUGUGUUAA